UAACAGUUUUCUACUGGGUUUAAGGGGCAGAUGAUAGUGUAUGCAAAGUUUGACAAAAAUGUCUACCUCCCUAAAGAUGCUGAAUUUUAUUUCAUUUACAAUGGAUCUCAUCAAAGACAUGUGACAUUUGCACAACGAAUCGGAGAUAAUGUUCUCCAAUCUAGCAUUCCAGGCCAUGGAUUUGAGGAAAUGGUGUUGGUGUCCACAUGUCUGUAUUCGGAAGGUUACUCCCCAGUAACCAUGGGCUGUUGUUCUAUCAUAUACAUGGACAAUGUUGUUUGCAGGCUGUCACGUUCUCUCGUUAGCCAAGUUGGUUCUUUCACUUGUAGCAGUCAUCAGACUCUACUUGAUCAAUUUGGUCUCAAGGUAAAAGAGCUUCGAGCUUUGGAUGAAGACCUUGUAUUGGCUAUGGCUCACUUGGAGUUGCCGCUUGGAUGGAAUAUCUUGGGAAAUUCUUCAGGAGAAGUGACUACACAUAUGGAAUCUCUUCUUCACAUCGCAAUGAGAUGGGGCUUGGUUAAGUUUUCACAGUUCCUCUUAUGUCUCCCGGGGGGAAGACAGGCCCUAGCUCUGACUAAUGAAGAAGGAGCUCUGCCAUUAGAUUUGGCUUUGAAGCUUGGGCACUCUAAACUGGUAGAAGUCAUCAACAAUUUUCAGGGCAGUCAUUCGACGGACUUCUCCAGAGCGCAGAUCAAUGAGCAUGCCCUCCUACGAUUUGUUCAUUCAUCAGAAACGCUGACCCUGACAUUGAAUCACACUGCAGAACAUUUACUGGAGACCGACAUUAAGCUCUUCAGGAAAUACUUUCUGGAUAGAGCCCUUCUGCACAAGACUCUUGAUAGAAAAGAAGUCAGGACGGAGAAACAACUACCAAUACCCUCCAAUGCAACGGAGACUGAAGCAGAGCCUGAGAAUCUGGUGUCCGGCAAAUCACCACCUGAAAGGGAAGAAGUGAAGUGCUUCACAGAUCCUGUGGUGCAGCCAACUGGAAAUGAAGAUCUGGACUUUGAACGACACCACUCUUUUGAUGUUCUCAAAAAGUCUAAAAAUUCAUCAACUUUCCUUGCUGCAUCUCGGCUUUCCAACAUGCUCAAUGGUGGUGAUGAAGUCUAUGCAAAUUGCAUGGUGAUAGAUCAGGUUGGUGAUCUGGAUAUCAACUACAUUAAUGUGGAAGGCCUAACUGCCCAAUCCAGCUUAGAAUCCAUGAACUCAACUUUGCUCUCUCAGAACUGUGCGCAUGCUUUCCCCAAGGAAACUAGCCAAGAUAUUAUGGCAUUAAGUGAAAAUAGUCAAGUUGCAGUAAACAGUGGAGAUCCACAGCCUUCCCUGUCUCCUACCAGUUUAUGCACUCCAAGUUCACAUCUUCCCUUCAAACUGUGUGAAUUUGAAAAGGAGGAAAGUCAACUGAAGAAAAGAAGUUCCAGCCUUGAUGCUUUGGAUGCUGACAGUGAAGGGGAAGGGAAUUCUGAGCAGUCCCAUAUCUGCUACCCUCCAGAGGCUCACAGUUCCUCAGCAACAGGGACCACAAGUGGGGAUGAGCUGGACUCAUUUGAAACUAAUGUUGAACUGGAUUUUAAUAUCAGUAGGACUGAAUCCCUUUCAAUUUCCAACAAUCUACAAUCAAAGGAUUCACUCCUCUCUGGACUCCGCUCACGAUCCUAUUCCUGCUCAUCGCCCAAAAUUUCCUUAGGAAAAACCCGUUUGGUACGUGAUUGCACAGUGUGUGAUUCAAGUGAAGAUGGUGUGUUCCUCAACAGUGGUCGUUCCCUCCUUCAGUCCCUUUCACUGUCUAAAUCAGUGUCUCUGCUCCAUCCUUGUAAGCAAAGAGCUUACAGCUUAUCGGAGCCAUCACGAGAGAAAAGGAUUCAAGAGGAGGAAUGGGAUAAAUACAUCAUACCUACCAAAUCAGAAUCGGAGAAGUACAAAGUGAGCCGCACAUUCAGCUUUCUCAUGAACAGAAUGACCAGCCCCAGGAAUAAAUCUAAGACAAAGAACAAGGAUGCUAAAGACAAAGAGAAAGUGAAUCGACAUCAGUUUGUUCCUGGGAUGUUCUCAGGGGUUCUACCAUGUUUUGUUUGUGAUAAACCCCUUCUGGGAAAAGAGUCAUUCCAGUGUGCUAUCUGUAAUGCGAUUGUACACAAAAGCUGUAGAGAAUGCACCCUUCCAUGUACCAAGAAACUCCAGGAGAGAUAUCACAACAAGAUCAGACCACAAGCCACUCUUGGAAAUUCCUCAUUUAGGGAUAUUCCUCACCCCAAUCCUUCUUCUCUGCAUCCUUCUUCUUCCAUGCCUAUUGGGCUGCCUACUGGCAGAAAAGAAGCUACAUGUCCAGGGCACUCACUGUCCAGAAGUGUUCCUGGUACCAACCUAGAAAGUUUCAGAAGGUCAGUGACAUCUUUGGAAUCAGAUGCUGAUGGUAGCAACUGGAGGACUAGGUCACAUUCUGAUGAGCUGUUACAGUCCAUGGGAUCUUCUCCCUCCAUGGAUUCAUUCAUAAUGGAAGAAGUUGUCGAUUCAUCUCUGUGGAGUGACCUCAGCUCAGAUGCACGGGAGCUUGAAGCAGAGUCCUGGAGUCUUGCCGUAGAGCCGGCAUUUUGCAGCAAGCAGGAAAAAGAUGUUAUCAAAAGACAGGACGUCAUUUUUGAGCUGAUGCAAACUGAAAUGCAUCACAUCCAGACCCUGCUCAUCAUGUCUGAAAUAUUUAGAAAAGGAAUGAAGGAAGAGCUCCAGCUUGACCACAGCACCGUGGAUAAAAUAUUUCCCUGUUUAGAUGAGUUACUAGAGAUACAUAGGCAUUUCUUCCAUAGCAUGAAGGAGAGGAGGCAAGAAUCCUGUGAAGGCAGUGACAGAAAUUUUGUCAUCAACCGAAUCGGGGAUAUUCUGGUGCAGCAGUUUUCAGAAGAAAAUGCAAAUACAAUGAAGAAAAUAUACGGAGAAUUUUGUAGCCAUCAUAAAGAAGCUGUCAGCCUCUUCAAAGAGUUGCAGCAGAACAAAAAGUUUCAGAAUUUCAUCAAAGUACGAAACAGUAACCUUUUGGCUCGACGGCGUGGAAUUCCAGAGUGUAUUCUCUUGGUCACUCAGCGCAUCACAAAAUACCCAGUUUUAGUAGAAAGGAUACUACAGUACUCCAAGGAAGGGACUGAAGAACAUAAAGACUUGUGCAAAGCUCUUUGCUUAAUUAAAGACAUGAUUGCAGCAGUGGAUUUAAAAGUCAGUGAAUAUGAGAAAAAGCAAAAAUGGCUGGAGAUCCUGAAUAAAAUAGAAAACAAAACUUGUACAAAGCUUAAGAAUGGCCAUGUUUUCAGGAAACAAGCUCUGAUAAGUAAAGAAAGGACGUUGUUAUAUGAUGGUCUAGUUUAUUGGAAGACUGCCACAGGUCGAUUCAAAGAUAUCCUAGCUCUGCUUCUAAGUGAUGUGCUACUCUUCUUACAAGAAAAAGACCAGAAAUACAUCUUUGCAGCAGUUGACCAGAAGCCAUCUGUUAUCUCCCUUCAGAAGCUGAUUGCGAGAGAAGUAGCCAAUGAAGAAAGAGGGAUGUUUCUCAUCAGUGCUUCAUCUGCUGGCCCUGAGAUGUAUGAAAUUCACACCAAUUCUAAGGAGGAGCGUAAUAACUGGAUGAGGAGGAUACAAGAAGCAGUAGAAAGUUGCCCAGAGGAAGAAGGGGGAAGGACGAGUGAAUCCGACGAGGACAAAAAGAAGACUGAAGCAAGAGUGGCCAGAAUCCAGCAAUGCCAAGAGCUACUUAGUAACCACGACCAACAGAUCUGCACAUAUUUGGAAGAAAAGCUUCAUAUCUAUGCGGAACUUGGAGAAAUGGGUGGACUUGAGGAUGUCCAUUUAGAACCUCAUCUCCUUAUUAAGCCUGACCCAGGAGAAGCCCCCCAGGCUGCCUCAUUAUUAGCAGCAGCACUAAAAGAAGCUGAAAGCCUCCAAGUUGCUGUGAUGGCCACACAAACAGGAGAUGCAAAUCAUUCAUCAGAGGAGAACUAUGGAGAAUUAACCUCACCAGAAACACUCCAGGCUAGUGAAGAACUCACACCUCCUACUGCUUCACAAGUUACCGAAGGAGAAGGAAGAGGAGAAUCUUGUGAUUUGGAACCCUGUCUCCGUGGUAUUGUAAAUAACAUGACAAGCCCUGAUGCAGGGGAGAAGGCUGAAUACAUAGACUUUCCAGGUUCAUCACAGGCAGAGAUUAUACAAGCCAUCCAGAAUCUAACUCGCCUCUUGUAUAGCCUCCAGGCUGCCCUGACCAUACAAGACAGUCACAUUGAACUCCAUAAGCUAAUUCUCCAGGAGCAUGAGAGAAUGCCCCAUGGUCUCUCUCUCCGCGUUGGGCUGCUCCAGGAGCAGGAAAAGUCCCGCCACUUGGAGAAACAGCGGGAAGAACUGGCCAACAUCCACAAGCUACAGCAUCAAUUCCAGCAGGAGCAGCAACGUUGGCACCGCAAGUGUGGCCAGAGGCAGCGGGAGCAGGAGGCAAAGGAAAAAUGGCUGCAGGAGCGUGAGAGGGAAUGCCAAAGUCAGGAGGAGCUGCUCAGCCGGAGUCGGGGGGAACUGGACCAUCAGCUCCAGGAGUAUCAGCAAAACCUGGAGCGGCUUAGGGAAGGCCAGAGGAUGGUGGAGAGAGAGAGGGAGAAGGUCAGGAUCCAGCAGAGUCUCCUGGGUCACUGGAAGCAUAGUCGGCAGAGUAGUCUCCCUGCAGCCUUUUCUCCAGGAAACAAUGAGGUAACAGACCUUAAUCGAUCGGACAGCCUCUGCCAUGAGAAUUCAUUCUUUGUAAAUGAAGCUUUAGUACGCGUGUCACUCAACACUGUCAACAAAUCAAACUCAACUGGAGUGCACCAAGAUAUCGUAUACCCCAUAAAUAUCUCAAAUUGUGAUUUAACAAGGACUAGUGAGAACCAGACAGACCUCAAGAUGGACAUUUCUUAUCACUCCGAUGUUACUCAUGAACUAUGGAGAGCUACUGAUCCCGGUCAUCAAGUCCCUUCUCUCCUCCAAGGCAACAAGGAUUGUUGUAACAAUGAUUUGGAGGAGAAUCAAAGUCAGUGCUCAAAAACACACAGUUCAAAUCCCGGAAGUGUUCAGCCCUGGCAGGGUCCCGAGGCUAAGUUGAACUUGCCGUCUGCAAGCUUACGUGAUGGGGACAAUGGAGAUGGAGUUGAAGAAAAUAUUGUUUACCUCUGAUUGUGUGUUGUCAUUGAUUUUUGUCAUGGUUGUUUCAAACAAAACACUAGCACUUUGGAGAUAAAGUUGUAUUUUUUGCUUUCCUAUUGUGCGUAGUUGCUGUCUAUAAGAUCUAUCUGCUUUAAGAAUUGUAUUUAAUAUUCUGUGGAAGACCUUUUUUGACAUGAGUAUAACAAUUAAAUUAUUUUGAAAACACUCCUCUUAUUUUAAAAAAAUUAAUCUUUAACUUAUCACAGCCCCUUACAAAUGCCUGAUGGGGAAAUCCAAUUUAAAUGAGCAGCAAUAUUUUAAACAUCAGAGUGACAUGAUAAGAAUUUCAAAUUGUAUUUCUGUCAUCUUGAAUCUCCAAAUUUCUCUUAAAACUUUAAUUUUUAAAUGGUUUUAAAGACUGGUACCAUGACUGGUAGGAGUACUUUUUUUUUUAGCAAGAGGCAUUGAUUUACUAAAAAUGGUGACUACAGAAGGCUGAUGAGAACAGGAGAGUCCCUUUCUCAACUGUCCUAAAUGUGAUGUUCUCACUUGAAGGCAUAGGGAUGAGUGAAUCCUUGAGAUAGGAAUUACUGUGGUUAAGUGGUUACAAUGCAUCAUUAAGCUACAAUCCAGUAUCCUCUUUCAACACAACCAUCCAAAGGGACCAGAGAUACUUGCCAGUCAACUAUGAGUCAUGUAGUGGAAUUCUUGUUAGAGGCUUGGCCUACAACCUUUCAAGUGGUGUCUAGAAAACAUGGACAUCCAUUUGCCACUCAUCAAACAAAACCCUUCAAUUGUUUUAAAGGGAAAAAAAAAACCAAACAAACUGUGCUACUGCUAUAAAGUCCAAUGCAUGUCUCCUUGUUUUCCAGAAAGGAAAAAUAGCCAGUCUCUCUCCUUUCCCCCCAUCUUCAGUGUAAUAUCAGUGUUUGUGUGGUAGAAAUAAACCAGGAAAUAUUUUCAACUCUUGUUCUUCAGAAAUAUUUGUAUACUUUUUUGUCAGUGUCAAUAAAUAUCUUAUGCCUCA